GGGGAUGCCGCGAAGACACCAAGACACCUUUUGUCUUCUUGGGAUUAUAACCCUACAAUUCCAACUCAAUUGUCUAUCAUGUCUCUUGGUCGCACCUUUAAGCUCAACUCGGGGCACGAGAUCCCCGCCGUUGGUCUCGGAACUUGGCUCUCCAAGCCUCAUGAGGUCGAGAAUGCAGUCGAGGUGGCCCUGCGCAAGGGCUACCGACACAUCGACGCCGCCGCGUGUUAUCUGAACGAGAACGAAGUCGGGCAAGGCUGGAAGAAGUCCGGUGUGCCGCGCGAGCAGAUCUUUAUCACUAGCAAGCUGUGGAACACCCACCACCACCCAGACCACGUCGAAGAAGCACUCAACAAGACCCUGAAAGACCUCCAGACCGAUUACUUGGACUUGUAUCUGAUCCACUGGCCCGUCGCUUUUGCCCACACCAACGACACCCUCACCCCGAUCGAUCCGACGACGAAGCGAUUCCGCAUUGCCGAUGUCCCGGUCGCCGACACCUGGGUCGUUCUGGAGAAACUUGUCCAGGCGGGCAAGAUCCGAAGUAUCGGCAUCAGCAACUUCACCAUCGAGGCCACGCGCGACUUGCUCAAGACGGCCAAGAUCCCGCCUGCUGCCAACCAGAUCGAGGCGCAUCCAUACCUGCUCCAGCCGGGACUUUUUAGCUACCUGAAGGAACACAAUAUCCUCCCGGUGGCUUAUAGUCCGCUCGGCAAUAAUAUCUAUGAGCUGCCACGCGUCGUCGAUGACCCGAUAGUCCGCGAAAUUGCCCAGAAGCUGGACAAAGACCCCGCGGCUCUGCUGAUCUCGUGGGCUGUCCAGCGCGGCUCGUCAGUACUUCCGAAGAGUGUGACGCCGUCGCGCAUUGAAAGCAACUUCCAAGACUUUGUUAUCCCCGACGCCGAGUUCGAGGCUCUCAACAAGCUGGACAAGAAUACGCGGUACAACUACCCCUUCCGCUGGGGCAUUGAUGUCUUUGGGGAAUUGGGUGCUGAAGAAGCCGAGAGACGUGCUGAGGAACACGCUGCGAAGCUGAGAGAGAGUGCGUGA